UGAAUGACUGAUGUUCAGCAGGUGAAACUAGCUGAUGAUCCCAGGAGUGGGCGGAGCCUCUGAGGUGUGAUUCAAACACUUUGCCUAAGUCCUGAGUGAAGACGGUCUUCUGUUGAACAGGUCGAGAUGGCUUUUUUCAAGAAGUUCUUUAAAAACAUCGUCCACGACCGAGACCCGAAGGAUGACACCGUGACUGUGAAGGACAAACCAAAACCCAAAUAUUACGGAACCGUCACUCCGUAUCCCAACUUCAGUGCCAGCAGUGAUGCUUCGGUCCUUCAGAGCGCCAUUGACAGUAAAAAAGUGGACGAGGGCGUGAUCGUUGCCAUCUUGGUGAAGAGGAGCAACGAGCAGAGGCAGAUGAUCAAGGCCGUCUACGAGUCGACCACCGGAAAGAACCUGGUUAAAUCUCUGAAGUCGGCCCUCAGGUCCGAUUUAGAGGACGUGGCUCUGGCUCUGCUCAUGAAGCCAGCGUAUUAUGAUGCUCACCUGCUCAGGAAAGCCACCAAGCGUCUGGGCACAGAUGAAGAGGUUCUGGUGGAGGUUCUGGCAACACGAUCGAACAACGAGAUCGAAGAGAUUAAAAAAGUCUUCAAAGAAGAGUACGCGGUGGAGCUGGAGCAGGUUAUCAAGGAUGAGACCAGUGGAGACUUCACCAAGGCCCUGCUGGCCCUGCUGAGUGCCAAGAAGAAGGAGUCCACUGAAGUGGACUCAGAGCUGGCCAAAAACGAUGCAAAGGUUUUGUUUGAAUCGGGGGAAAGUGCCAGCAAAGUCAACGUCUCCACCUUCAUUGAUAUCCUGACCACACGGAGCGGGCCUCAGCUCUGUAAAACCUUCCAGGUUUAUGCCACCAUGAGUGACAAAACGUUACCUAAAGCCCUGCAGAUGGAGCUGAAGGGAGACAUCGAGGACUGCCUCAUCGGCAUCGUGAAAUGUGCCUGGAACACGCCGGCGUUCUUCGCUGAGAAGCUCCACCAUGCCAUGAAGGGUGUUGGAACCCAAGACAAGAAGCUGAUCCGGGUGCUGGUGAGCCGCUCCGAGGUGGACCUGAAGAAGGUGGUGGACGAGUACAAGGCCAUGUUUGGAAGAAGCCUGCAGGAGGACAUAGUGGCGGACACGAAGGGACAGUAUCAGAAAGUCCUGCUCGGGUUGUGUGGACCUCAGUGAAGCCCUGUUGUCAUCACUUUCAAACUGAUGUCAGCUUGUUUGGACAACCUGUUUCUCAGAGUUGUAAUAAAUCACUUGUUUCUCCUCAAUGAUAUCUGAAAACUAUUUGUCUUCUGUUUAAGAGGUUGAAUGUUUUCAUGGCUCUCGACUUGUAAAAGCUGCUAAACGCACAUGAUGAGGAAGAUGACGAAGAGUAGUUCUGUUUUUAAGCUUUAGAAAUAAGAUUUCUCCAAAACGCUUCUAAUAAAUGGGCCUCUCUGUUGGCGCACGUUUAGAAAUAAUGUGUGGAGAAAAAAAAAAACUGUUGGAGUGGAAGUUGUGGAUUUGACAAAUAUUUCUA